AUGACAAAUCCUGUUGAUCAAAAUGGCAGCUCUUCGUCAAAUUCUACUCUUUUUUCUAAUUUCGAAUCAUCUAAAAAUAAAGAAUUCAACCUUGGUUAUAUUCCUAUUGAAAAUACACGAAAAAAAAGUUUAGAUCCAGAAAUUCAAGAGUAUUUGAUUAAAAUUGAUCUCAUUCAAUGUCAAUUCGUAUACCCUUCAAAAAAUCAAAGUUCUAUCAAGGCUACUGAAGCUGGAGAUAUGGCAUUUCUUUAUCGUUGCGACCAGGAUGUGGUGUCAAUUUGUUUUAACAAAAUGCAACAUGAAGCAGCAAUCCCAUUAAGCGAAAUUACUGGCUUUCGUACGUAUGACGGAAAAAUUAUUAUAAAACUGAAGAAAGGUUAUCAACAUUCUUUUAAUCAUCAUCUUGGGGGAUUUCCAUAUCUACUUGAUCCUACUCCAAUGAUCUAUGAUCCAUCUAAUAACAAAUUUGGUGGUGCACAAUCUUUAUUGUUAAUUCCUCAUUCUUCAAAGCCUUCCGUUCUAUCAUCACUAGAAUUACGUAUCGAAAGAUUAUACUUUAUGAAACAUGGAAUUCGUAAUGAAGCUAUCAGUGAUGAUGGAUUAAAGAGUAGAUUUGGAAAGAAAUCGCCAACUCUUAGUUACAUGAUUGGUAGAAAUGAUUGGAUUCCAAUAAAUAACGAUGAAAUUUGGCAGAAAAUAAAAGGUGAAGCUUUAGACGAUUAUACGUUGUUGAGAUUGGAACUUCAUGUUGAUAAAUGA